UAUGUGGAAAAACUAAGUUCUCUUUUUACAUUCUGGUUUGGUCAAAUGAACUAAACUUUAUCCUUUCUUCAUACAGUACAUUAGUUACAUGAUGUAUUAAAUGCAUUAUAUUCUACUUCCAGUGAAAAAGGGCUCGCACGUGGUCAUUUACUUAUUUCAGUUAUCUGUUGACGGAUGUGUGGUGUGAUUUAUAAUGUAAAACCAACAAUGGUUUUCAAAGAGUUAAAAUUUGUGCUCUUAUUUUGACUUGUAUAAACUCAACGGGUCUUUUUGACCCAUAAUGGGUAAAUAUUGGACAGAACACAUGCUGGGUUAAAAUGACCCAAUGUUGGGUUGUUGUCAUGCAACCAUGGGGUAUAAUACCCCACCAGUUGGGUUAAAAUAACCCAGCACAUGUUUUGUCCAAUAUUUACCCAUUAUGGGUCAAAAAUAACCCAGCCAUUUUUAGAGUGACACUAUGACCACACGUGUGUGUAUAUAAUAUAAGUGGAUGAAUGGCUUAUGACAUCUCUGUUGGCCUACAGAUUUAUACAGAUACAUUAGUUACAUUAUGUAUUAAAAACGUCAAAAGUGAUGAUGGGCUCUGUAGGCUUUCGGGGCUUUACAUGAUUUGCAAUCCAGCGUUUUUUAAUCCUCCUCCUGGGAGCCCAUUGGUAUUGUGCAUUUUAAGUAUCUCACUAACCUGACAAACCAGUAUUGAUUAUCUGUUUAACAGAAUUAGUAAUAGAUAAGCAGUUUAAUGUGCAAUACCUUUGGGCCGCUCUUCAAAUCAAUUUAUUACUAUCUAAGAAAUGUCACAUGAUGAGUGUUCACCCUUAUUGUUACAGAUAGCUCUUAGAUUAACCUUUGACUGUAGUAAAACAUACUCAUUUUUAAUGUUUAUUUUAAUGUUUUGCUUUUAUUAAGUUGCAAUUCAAGUUAAAGUGCAACAUAAAGGUUAAUUCCUCUUACUUUGUAUACUUUGUGUCCUGCUCAUCCUAAUGUAUAUAAUGUACAGGUGUAUAUGUUUGAAAUAUGAUGAAAUGCUAUAUUUUUCUGAUCAUUUACUUAAGCAAAAUCUGAAAAUAAAUGUUCUUAGAGUCAUAUCAUGUGGGAUUAAUGUUACUUUUUUAGUUCAAGUUUGUUGCUCCUUUAGUGGUAGAUCAGUGCCCAAAGGGAGGAGUAAGGUGCGGCAAGUCAUACUUUACCCCUUUCACGAUUCAGUGUAGGUGUGCUCUACGCAUUCGUUGCCAUAAGGUUGUAUUUGCCAUCAUUCUUAUCACAGGCCUCAAGCCACUUACUGAGAGACUCCUCUGUGCCGUUUACUGAGUUAACCAUGUCUCAGCCUUAUUCUAAUCCUGGGGCUGUGCCUCCUGGUUUGGAAAACCUGACACAGAUUGACCAGAUAUUAAUUCAUCAAAAAAUUGAGGCUAUUAUUGGCUUUGAGACUUAUAACCAGUAUGAGAUAAAGAACAGCAUGGGUCAGAUCAUCUACAAUGCCAAAGAAAUUAAUGACUGCUGCGCACGUGAUUGCUAUGGUUCUCUGCGCAGCUUUGAACUGAAGAUAAAAAAUAAUAUGGAUCGAGAAGUGAUGCAUUUGAUCAGGCCCUUCCGCUGCACUUCCUGCUGUUGCCCCUGUUAUCUUCAAGAGAUGGAGGUGCAGGCUCCACCAGGCAAUACAAUCGGCUACAUCAGUCAAGACUGGCACAUGUUUAAGCCCAAAUUCUCCAUCUAUGACAUGUCCAAAACAAAAGUGCUGUCCAUUGAGGGGCCUUUGUGUGCCAUCAGCUGCUGUGGGGAUGUGGAUUUUGAAGUUCAAGGCAAGGAUGGACAUCCUGUAGGUCGUAUUAGUAAACAGUGGAGUGGCCAUAUAAAGGAGGGACUGACUGAUAGUGAUAAUUUUGGCAUUAACUUUCCCAUGGACCUGGAUGUGAGGAUGAAAGCAGUUCUGAUGGGGGCAUGUUUCCUUAUAGACUACAUGUUCUUUGAGAGCACCGGUGACUCUGGCCAACGAUGCAGUGUGUUUGGCUGAUAGUGAUGCAAAAAAGCACAAGAUUCAACUGCUUAAUUUAAAUUAAAUUUACUCUAGUGUAUCUGUCUAGUGUGUAAGUGUUAGCACUUGUAUGUAUUUGUAUUUUACAAAUGUGGUAACCCAGUGUGGUCACACAAUUUUUUUUCAACAAAUGUUUAAUAUUAGUCCUAUAUUUUAUUUAAACAUAAUGCAGUAUAUAUAUAUAAUGUAUAUGUUAGUGCUGGGAAAAGAUUAAUCGCGAUUAAUCGUAUACAAAAUAAAAGUGCAUUUUUGCCUAAUAUAUGUGUCUGUACUGUGUGUAAUUAUUAUGUAUACACACACACACACACACACACACACACACACACACACACACACACACACACACACACA